AUGUUCAGUGGGUUUCCGACGAUCACCCUGGCCUCCCCUCCCGCCGCGAUCGACCUCGAGUACGAGGCGAAGGACGCGAAUGGCUGCGUGAACGCGGUGGGCUUCCCCCCGGUGGAGGGGAUUCGGCUCUGCUAUCCCGCGCUUUGCCAUCUUUUGCACCUGUCGAAGUCGGCGUCGAAAAACCGCGCGGUGUUUGGGCGGCUGUGCGGCCUCCAGCUCGGGAGCGAGGUCACCCUGACGGACGUCCGCGCGAACCCGCCGAAAAAGCCCUCCCCGCAGGACUACGAAACCCCCGAGGAGCGCCACCGCCGCCAAGAGCAGGAGCGCAAAGACGCCGAGGGGGUGUUUAACGCCCUGAAUAAAAUGUUCGAGGAGGAGAUGCUCGACGCCUACCAGGUCGGGUGCUUUGUGAUUAGCAACGCCACCUACAACCCCUAUUCCCCGAUCUUGUUAAACCAGCUCGUGCAGCUCCACAAGUCGAGCCAGCCCGCGGUGAUGUUGAGCUACGACCCCUUCCGGACGGCGCUGUUUGGCCGGCCCUAUUUGCGCGGCUUCGCCCUCACGGAGGCGUACUUCCAAUACGAGCAAAUGAUGGAGGUGAAAGGCGUCCUCAAGGCCCGCGUCGUGCGCGAGACGCGGCUGACCACCCACGGCGUCGUGCGGGAGAUCCCGGUCCAGAUCGAGGUCGACCCUUAUCACGUGCUCGGCAUGGCGGAGCUGCGGGUCGAGGCCGCGCCGAAUUCCUUCUUGGCCAUCCAAAGCCCCGUCAUCGAGGACUACGUCGAGGCUUUGGUGAACUCGAUGAGCUCGAACGCGAGCGCCCUGGCCACCGGGCUCGAUCGCGAGCAACGAUUGCAGGGAAAGGAGCCCGGCGGCGGGGGGCAUGGGGCCCUCGCGCAAAGCCCCGAAACCCUUCUCGCGCUUCAGCACCUUCGCGAGCAGGCCGAGCACAUCGAGGGGAUUUGUAAUAGCAUUUUAAUGAACGCCUCGCUUUUGCGCGAUUUGUAA